UGUUUGAGCCAGCAUGUCGAGGAGGAAGCAGGCGAAGCCUCAGCAUUUCCAAUCCGACACCGAUCUGGCCUUGUUAUCCCAGCGAAAUGGAGACACAGAAAAGGGUCAAGCAAAUCGAACCACUAAGGAGGACACCCUUGUCUGUGGCAGAUGCUGUGCUGAGUUCUUUGAAUUAUCAGAUCUCCUGCAACACAAGAAGAAUUGUACUAAAAAUCAAUUAGUUUUAAUUGUGAAUGAAAAUCCAGCUUCUCCUUCUGAAACCUUCCCUCCUAGUUCCCCUUCUGAUAAUCCUGAUGAACAGAUGAAUGACACAGUUAACACAGACCAACUAGACUGCAGUGACCUUUCAGAGCAUAACAAACUUGACAGGAAAGAAUCCAUGGAUGUGGAGGCUUCCAGCAUUAACAAUAGCAGUAGCAGUUCCAAGAGUGUCAACAAUAGUAUUACAAGCAGUAACAGCUCCACCAUGGGUACCUCAGCUGUAACAACCUCUCUACCUCACAUAGGGGAUCUGACAACGUUAGGCAACUUUUCAGUGAUAAAUAGUAACGUAAUAAUUGAAAACCUUCAGAGUACUAAAGUGGCAGUAGCACAGUUAUCACAGGAAGCGAGAUGUAAUGGUGCAUUGAACAGUAAGCUUGCUGUACCUGCCCUGAUGGAGCAACUGUUGGCGUUACAGCAGCAGCAGAUCCAUCAGUUGCAACUGAUUGAACAAAUUCAUCACCAAAUAUUAUUGUUGGCUUCCCAAAACACAGACAUGUCAACAUCUUCUAGCCCUUCUCGAGGUACUUUACAAACAGCUGCCAACCCCUUGUCCACAUUAAGUUCCCAUUUAUCCCAGCAGCUGGCUGCAGCAGCUGGAUUAGCACAAAGCCUUGCUAGUCAAUCUGCCAGCAUCAGUGGUGUGAAACAGCUACCCCCUAUACAACUACCUCAGAGCAACCCUGGCAACACUCCAGUUCCAUCCAGUAGUGGCUCUUCUCCAAAUAUUAACAUAUUGGCAGCAGCAGUUACAACACCAUCCUCAGAAAAAGUGGCUUCAAGUAUUGGUGGCUCACAGCUCAACAACUCACCAGUAUCAGCAUCAUCUUCACCAGCUUUUGCAAUAAGCAGUUUAUUAAGUCCUGCAUCUAAUCCACUUCUACCUCAACCCACCCCUAGUAACUCUGUUUUCUCCAGUCCCCUGUCCAAUAUUGGAACACCUGCAGAGGAUUUAAACUCCUUGACUGCCUUGGCACAGCAAAGAAAAUGCAAGCCACCAAAUGUAACUGCUUUUGAAGCAAAAAGUAAUUCAGAGGCGUUCUUUAAGCAUAAAUGCAGGUUCUGUGCUAAAGUGUUUGGGAGUGACAGUGCCUUGCAGAUUCAUUUACGUUCUCACACAGGCGAGAGGCCGUUUAAAUGCAACAUAUGUGGAAACAGGUUCUCCACAAAGGGAAACUUAAAGGUCCACUUUCAGCGUCACAAAGAAAAACACCCUCAUAUUCAAAUGAAUCCAUACCCAGUGCCAGAGCAUUUGGACAAUAUUCCUACAAGCACAGGUAUUCCUUAUGGGAUGUCUAUACCGCCAGAGAAACCUGUCAUGGGCUGGCUGGACAGCAAGCCGGUCCUUUCCACCCUAAUGACUUCUGUUGGCCUGCCACUCCCACCAACAAUUCCAAGCCUGACCCCAUUCAUCAAAACUGAGGAGCCUCAGCUGAUUCCCAUUAGCCAUCCUUCUGCUAGCCCUCCCUGCUCUGUCAAGAGUGACCCGGGAACAGCUGAUCCUACAUCAAAACUUUCCAAUGGACUUCUUGAUGAGGUAGAGGCUGGUGCUUUGCCUACCUCAAAUGGAAAAAUGGAAGAAAACCCUCAAAACACAAGCGCCAUCACUAACAUCACCAGCUCUGUGAGCUCACCAGCAGCAGACUUGGGCUCCGGCAGUGUCGCCACUUUUACAAAUCCACUGAUGCCUUUAAUGUCAGAGCAAUUUAAGGCAAAGUUUCCAUUUGGAGAACUGUUGGAUUCAAUGCCAGCAUCUGAAACAUCAAAAUUGCAGCAACUGGUAGAAAACAUUGACAGAAAGGCAACUGAUCCUAACGAGUGUAUCAUUUGCCACCGAGUUCUCAGUUGCCAGAGUGCACUGAAAAUGCAUUAUCGCACACAUACUGGUGAGAGGCCAUUUAAGUGUAAAAUCUGUGGUCGUGCUUUCACUACUAAAGGCAACUUAAAGACUCAUUACAGUGUCCACCGUGCCAUGCCCCCGCUGAGAGUACAACAUUCAUGCCCGAUCUGCCAGAAGAAAUUCACCAACACCGUUGUGCUACAGCAGCAUAUCCGAAUGCACAUGGGAGGGCAGACCCCCAACACCCCAGUGACAGAAAACUAUCCUGAGUCAAUGGAAUCAGAUACAGGAUCUUUUGAUGAUAAGAAUGUUGAUGACAUAGACAACUUCUCGGAUGAGAACAUGGAAGACUGUCCUGAAAGCAGCGUACCAGAUAUACCUAAAUUUGUGGAUGCAUCACAAGACAGCCUGUCUUCUUCCCCUCUGCCCCUGGAAAUGUCAAGUAUUGCUGCUUUGGAAAAUCAGAUGAAGAUGAUCAAUGCAGGACUUGCUGAACAACUUCAGGCAAACUUAAAGUCAGUUGAAAAUGGGUCAGUGGAAGGGGAUAUUUUGACUAAUGAUUUGUCAUCUGUCGGUGGUGAUAUGGAAAGCCAAAGUGCUGGAAGCCCUGCUGUCUCAGAGUCUACCUCUUCCAUGCAGGCCUUGUCCCCAUCUAACAGCACUAAUGAUUACCACAAGUCACCAAGUAUUGAAGAGAAACCAGUAAGAGCUUUACCAAGCAAGUUUGCCAACAGUUUGUCUCCAACCCCUGCUAACAGUGGUGCUUUGGACUUGACAUCCAGUAACACUGAUAAAAUUAUUAAAGAAGAGUCUCUGAGUAUGCUCUUCCCUUUCAAAGAUAGAGGUAAAUUUAAAAACACCACAUGUGACAUUUGUGGCAAAACAUUUGCUUGUCAGAGUGCCUUGGACAUUCAUUACAGAAGUCAUACCAAAGAGAGACCAUUUAUUUGCACAGUUUGCAAUCGUGGCUUUUCCACAAAGGGUAAUUUGAAGCAGCAUAUGUUGACACAUCAAAUGCGAGAUCUACCAUCACAACUUUUUGAGCCCAAUUCCAGUAUCGGCCCUAAUCAGAACUCUUCAGUUAUGCCUGCUAAUUCCCUGUCAUCGCUCAUAAAGACUGAGGUUAACGGCUUUGUGCACAGCUCUCCUCAGGAUAGCAAAGAAGCACCCUCUGGUCUUGUUGCUUCGGGGCCGCUGUCCUCCUCUGCCACGUCCCCUGUCCUACUUCCUGCCCUCCCCCGAAGAACCCCCAAACAGCACUACUGCAACACAUGUGGGAAAACAUUUUCUUCCUCCAGCGCGCUGCAGAUCCACGAAAGGACACACACUGGUGAGAAACCUUUUGCCUGCACUAUAUGCAGAAGAGCAUUCACAACAAAAGGCAAUCUGAAGGUUCACAUGGGCACUCACAUGUGGAACAGUACUCCCGCAAGACGAGGCAGACGACUUUCCGUAGAUGGCCCCAUGACAUUUCUAGGAGGCAAUCCUGUAAAGUUCCCAGAAAUGUUUCAGAAGGAUUUGGCUGCACAGUCAGGGAAUAGAGACCUCUCCAGCUUCUGGAACCAGUAUGCAGCAGCACUAUUGGUCAUGAAGACCAAUGAGAUCUCUGUCAUCCAGAAUGGCGGCAUCCCUCCGGUGCCGGAGGGCCUGGGGAAUGGUGGCAGCUCUCCCUUCAGUGGCUUGAUGGGAAGCCUGGAGAAGCUCCAGAAUUCAGAACCCAACACACCUCUAGGUGGUCUGGAGAAAACGGCAAGCAAUGAAAAUGGGACAAACUUCCGUUUUACGUGUUUCAUGGAAGAUAACAAAGAAAUUGUAACAAAUUAGGAAAAAACUCUGUAAAUAACAUUCCUGCAAAUAGUGCAACCUAGGGUUGCUUUUUUCAAGCUGCAGGCUACAACAUUACAAAGACUUUCUUUUGUACCAUGUUCUACUUCUAGAGUUCUAAGAGCUUAUUUAUU